AUGCCAAUCACUCGAUUUUAUGAAGGAGAAAAUAGUUGGAAUAUGGUCUCUGAAAGUGGAGAAAUGGAAGAUGGAAAAUUGACUGAUAUAAGCGAAGCAAAUUUAAUUGAAGUGCUUGCUCAAUUUACUGUGAGGCCAUUACUUGGCAUUGCUUUUCGAUAUUUUACUUUAAUACAUAAAGGUAUUCGACUCCAAAUUCUUUGUUCUCUGGUUUCUUUUGUUGGAACUCUUAUUAAAAUUCUUGAUGAUGGUCUUAACACUUAUUGUGCAAUGCCUGGAUUUUCUAAAAGAAUUGCUGAUAUUAUUAGCAAAGUUAUUGUUUGUUUUUGCACAUAUUGGCGUUUAAUUCGGACAGAUUUAGAAGAUACUGAAAGACGUUUAAUGCAAAAUGAAGUGAAUAGAGUUAUGCUACAGUCGAUAUUUUAUCUUACUUCAAAGAAUAACGCGGCAAUUCGUCAAUUUCUCGUUAAUCUUCCAUAUGACACUAUAACUGAAAAUUGUCGUCUUCGUUGUCAAUUAUUACUUCGUGAAUUGCCAAAUAAAAAUUCUACAACAGUUUCUUCUCUUUAUUUAAUUCCUGAUUGUCAAUUACUUAAUACAUUAAAAUCUUGUUCCCCAUUAGUUGAUCAAUUGGGUAGUGGCACAAAUUUGCGAGAAAGUGAUGAUAUUACUUAUACUGUACAAGCUUUGGCAUCAAUUGUUUCUCAUUCUGAACAAGAUGUUUUGCAUUUUGUUACUGAAUUAAUUGAUAUUUGUUUUCUUAAUGAAAAUACACGACAAAGUUUAUAUAAGGUUGGGUCUGAAGCAAUGGCCAUUUUGCUUGAAAGAAAUCCAAAUUUGCUCAGUCCUAUAUUGAGAUAUAUUGAUCGUUAUGUGGACCAUUUAGAUGAUUAUACCGUUAAUAUUCUCAAAAAUGUUCCUUUAAAUAAAUGUGUUCUUUGUUGUGAAGAUGUCACUGACCGACUUGGUAAAUGGCUUAUUCAGAGACCAGUUAAUCAUCCAGCAUCCGCUAUUGCGAGGUUAGUUUUCUCUUCAAUGAAUUGGUCAUCAACAUUUGCUGAUGUUUCGAUCCCGAUAGAAGUCCAUAAUAUCUGUGCUGAAACAUUAGUUAAAGCACAUUUUGUUCAUUGUAAACAACGAAAUAGUCUUAUUUCUAAGCCUCUUAACAAAAUUUCUCGUUUGGCAACCAAAUGUCCAGAUCUUGAACAAAUGUUUGAUAGAUUCUGUUGGGAUAUUUUAAUCAAACUUAAAAUAUCAGAAAAUUUGAAUGCACCUUCUUCUCCAAACGAUCUCACGGCAUUUUUUGUUUAUUGCAUACAAAAAUGCCUUUCUUGCCCAAAUGAAUUUGUGUUGACUGGGAUUAGUUACUUUUUGGAAUUAGUUAAUUCUUCAUGUCAUUAUGCGGCUUUAGUUAUUUUGGUACGUGCAGUAGCUACAUUUUCGUCACGUAUUCAUUUACUUACGGGAAAUUUGAUAUUUUGUGAAUGUUUUGAACGCCUUUUGCAUGCCGACGACACAUCGUAUGCUUAUAAUGCUUUACAGAUCUUUACUGGUGGUGAUAAAUUUCCUGGUCCUGUAAUAACUUUUCUCUCUUCGGCAAUCAUUUAUCAAAUAUAUACUUCUAACAUUCAAAUUGAGCAAAGGAGGGAAUUAACACUAACUUGGCUUCAAUUGUUAACAUGUCAAAAACCAAACUAUAAAUGGAAUGAUGAUAAAAAUAUUCUUUUCUUAAUUGGAUGUUUAACAGAAUGUGCAUUUUUCUUUGACCAUAAUGAACUUUUUGGAACAAUUGAGCUGGUGCAAAAAUUAUAUAAAAUACAAAAUCAGCAAUGGAAGAAGUCUUCUUCUGGUCCUUUCUCUUGGUUUUCAUCAAAUAUUCGCCCUCAACUUAUUAGCUCAAAUCUUUUUUCUGUCUCAAAAUGGGCAACUUAUUUAUUACUUUGUGCUGAGCAACAAGAAUUUUCUGAAUUUUUUGCUCAGUUCUACGAAUCAUUUCCAAAAUAUUCUAAUCGUUCUCUCGAAGAUGUUGUGAAGAAAGCUUCUUCAAAAUCUGGAAUUAAUUUUACUGUAGAUAAUUUACCUUAUUUUCGUUGGCUUCAGUUGUGUAUCGAAUCCAGUGAUUCCACAAAAGACUUCAAACAUCCUGUUUUUACUUUAGCACUUCAACAAUUGGCUAUUAAUUUAUUCCAACGAAGGAAAUCUGGAAUGACCAUUUUCUGUCCGGGUUUGCAAUUUUACAAAUGCAAGCAAAGUGAAAAAUUAUUUGAUGAAUUUCGUAAAAAUGUUUUGCAAAAUUCUUCUAAUGGACAUAAAAAUAGCAAUUCAAGUAGUAAUGUCAGUGAUGAUAGAAUUAAUCCUUCAACUGCUCCAAUUCAAACAAAUGCUUUAUUAAGAGCUUUUGAUUUGUGGAUAAGUUCUGAGCGUUGUUUUGAGGCUUCACUACCAAUUAGUAGUUAUUGUGAUUUGCCUAUGGAUUAUUUACUUCAAUUAAUUAUUUCUGGCAAUAUGCAAAUUUGGGAAGAGUUUAUUGAUCAAACACAACAUGGAAAGUCUCUUCAGCAACGAGCAAACCUUUUUGUCAAAUUAUGUCAUUUAUCAAAUGGUUCUAACGCUUCUUUUAAACAAUUCAAUAAAGAAUAUAAAAAUUUGACUGAAUUCUUCGCUUCAUUUGAAUUAAACGUCGAAAAUAUAGAUAAUGUAAAGCCAAAACCUGUAUUGAUUAUUGAUACAAAAUUGCCAAUUCCUGACAAAAUUUUUGAUUUUAUUCAAAACAAAUCAACUUUCGGAUUUAAAUCUUUUAAUCCUUUUACAAGCUUUUCCGAUCCUUCAUCUGAUACAGUUCAGCGUUUUAUUUCACGCAUGGAAGAAUUAAAUAUUGCUGCCAAAUCAUUUUUGGAUAUAAAAGAUUUUGUUGAUAAAUCAAAUUUAACUUAUAUUGAACUUUUUAAACAAUUAUAUAAGCAAUUUGAAAGGAAAUUACAAAUUACUCUUCGAUGUGGAAAUAUAUUACAAGUAACUAAUUGUCCAAGACCUGGAAUACAUGAACAAUUGGUAAAACCUUUUGAAUAUCAACAAGAAAUUGCCGACAAAAUGAAUGACAAUAGACAAAAACGAGAAUUUGAGACAGCAAAAAUACUUUCUAGAGCAAAUCAUUUGGCAUUAAUAUCUGCUCGUCUUGAAUAUCUUUGCACAGAUCUACGAAAGUAUUUUUAUUCGUGUUCUACCUUGCCUAAUUUAUCUUCAAACUUUUCGGAUAAUGAUAGGCAGCAGUUUUUGCAAAUGGGCCUACGUCUAUUCUAUGGGAUUUGUUCAAAUGUUCAAGGAGAUCAACUUUUAUUUCCAACAGGAAUGGAUGUUUUGUCUGCUUGUCUGAAAAACCUUGGAUCUACUUUUAUUGCAAAUAGGCCUGAAGAGCAAAUGAAUUUAAUGGCUGUCGUUCUUGCAGGAAAUCCUCUUAAUCAUCUAUUGGUAGAACAUUUUACUCCACAUUGUGUCCAACCUCCAGAUUUACUUGCCAAACUUUAUUCUAAUUUAUCUUUGGCUGUUCGACAACCUAACACUUCAAAAGCUGCACUUUCUUUGCUCCGUCGUUUAGACAUUGAACAUGCUGGAAGACAGCUGCCAAGCAAUCAAUUUCAGUCAUUAAUUCCCGUUAUGUUCGAAAAUUUGGUUGCAGCAACAAUUAGUCGAAGUUCAAACGAUGAAUCUCUACAAGAGCUUUGUUUAUCACAUUAUUUACAUACGUUAGUUAAAUUUAAAAAGAUUACCGAUUUUUCUGUAAAUUUUAGUAUGUUUCAUCAUUUUCCAUUUAAUUUCACAAAUGGACUUCGUCUGGCUUUGAGUGGCUGUGAUAAACAUUAUAUUCCUGUGUCUCUUUUUGAUAAUAUUUCGAAACAUUUAGAUAUCGACUCAAUAUUAUCAAAAGAUUAUUCUUUAUUAAAUCAACAAAAUUCGAAGAAUGUGAAUUCAGAGUUUUUAGAAUUAGAUGCUGAAAAGGCUUUGGAAUGUAUUAACGUAAUUGAAGGUCAAUUAAUUUCCUCAAGAAGAGAAUUAACCACAAGUCUUUUUACUGUGUGGUCGCCUUAUCUAGAACAUAUUUGUAAAUUGUCUGAGUUUUUUCUUCGUUCAUAUGUUCGAUUUUCUUUUCGUGCUGAUGCUCCUGCUGGAAUUAUGGAGAAAGAAUUGGAUAAAGUUUUUCAUAUUUCUCUAAAAUGUUGGUCAUCAUUACUUGAACCUAUUCCAAUUUCAAACUUGCCACCUUGGAAUAACAACGACACUUUAAUUGCUUCAAAAAUAAUUGAACAAUUUAUUCAUUUUCUUCUUUGGCUUCCUCAUUCUCUUUAUAUUCCACCAGAUCGUGAAUGUCCAGAAUCUCUCUUUUGGAAUUAUUUUACUUCGAAACUUGUCAAUGAACAAUUUAGAAAUGUAAGAAGUAGUGGAGCUCAAAAUGCUAACUUACUCUAUAUUUAUUCUGUUUAUGAAAGUAAAUUAAUUGCAUUAAAUUGGAGCCGGUUUUGGCCAACUUUGCUCGAUUUUGGUACUUUUGAUCAAUUAUUAGAUUAUUCUGAUAAAUUAACUGAAUCCUCUUCUUGUAAUAAUUAUAUUACAUCUUUAAUUGUUGAAAUAUUUGUUCGGUUACCUUGGCCUGGUCUUGUAGAACAAUAUUUGUGUGGAUAUCAUCCAUUGGAUGCAACUCGAACAUUUCAUUCUUUAUUGCUUUCAAUAAUUGUUAAAUGUAUUGUGAAAAGGACAAAUUAUAAACGCUCUCGUGCUACAAUGUGCAACAAAAUUAAAUUUCUUAGUGAUAAUUGUCAAUGGGUUUACGUGAAGUCUGAAGCAAUUGAAAAGGUCGGAACGUUUCUAUCUACUACUUUUCCAAAUUCAGAAGACUGGUUUACUGGAAAUAAUUCUUUAGAUGAGGCUCAACAAUAUUUUUUAGAAAUUUGGCGACAAGUUUGUCAUGUUUCUACGAUUCCGGCAAUUUACAUUCGAACUCAAUUGACCCUCCUUCUUCGACUUUCUUCAAAUACAAUUGAAUCGGACCAGAAGUUAAAAUAUUAUUCUGAACUUUUGGAUAAAGCCAAUUUUCUUGUAGUUUCUGCAGAUAACAAAUUAGAAUAUCAGGAUUUUGUUUGUGAAUUUAUUAAAAUUUGGGCUGAAUAUUUUAAUCAGCAUCGAGGCAAUAUACAAGAGAAAAAGUGCCUUACAUUUAUUGAACAUUUAUAUUCUAAACUUACUGAAUGGAUAGAAGCACAUCCUGACUCUCCUCUUAUACUUCUCUUUGCUAAUAUUUCAAAAAAUUUUGAGAAAAUUCCUAAUGAGUUAGACGAUCAAUUUAGUCUCGGAAUUGCUGAAAGUUGUAUAAAUGCUUAUUUUAAAAGAAAUAAUAGUAUCAUUUCUCAUAAUUGGAAUGAAAUUUCUAAAUGGGUUCAAUUGUCGAAACAUCAGAUUGAUCAACUAUUUAUUGUUCCAAAUCCACGUUUUCUUGUUCUCUACGCAUAUUUAGAACAGAACAAGUUUAAGACUGAGGAAACUGCGCUAUUGUCAAGAUUAAAACGGCUUUCUCAUUUUCUUUUGAAUAUUAAACCAAAAUUUGUAACCAAAUCCGAGCCUUCUUUUAUUCUUUGUGUCAGAGAAUGGCAAAGAAUUUGUAUUAGUCUAUUUACACUUCCAAAUCCUUCUCUAGUGUUAUUCUACAAUUAUUUUGAUGAAUAUAUUAGCUGGCUUCAUCGAGUUUAUACAGAGGAGAGUGUUAGUGGGGGAAUUCUUUCACUUGUUACAAAUAGAUUAGCACGUCGACAAUUAUUUUCUACAAGACUAAAAUUAAUUACAAAUAUUAUUCAUUUGUUCAUUUCUCAAAACUUAACAUCUUCCAAGCAAUUACCGAGAAUUCAACGUGGCCAGCAUGUUUUCAAUAAUAAAUUAAUUUCUUUCCGAGAAUUACAAAACAACAAAUUUUAUUCAGAAUUUAAUUUUGUUUUUGGAGAAGCUGAACAAUAUUUUAUUAAUUCCUCCAAUUUUUGCCUUACCGAUGCAGAUUCGUUAUAUCAACUUCUUAUUGAAAAGCUUUAUCCAGAAGAGAAUUGCCUUAAAAAAUAAAUUUUUAUAAAAAACUUUAUUUAAUCUUCAAUCUUUUUAUGUACUUUUCUUUAAAAAAAUUCCUUUCUUUUUUAAAAAAAACGAAGUAUUUAUUGCACACAUUUGCUCAUUAUUUUUUUCACUUUAAAUCAUUCCUGUCUUUUACUUUACUUAAAAAUUA